GCAUCCAGAUCGCAGGGUCUUCAACCAAACUAAGUGGAGGAAUUCACUCCAGCUGAAAAGCGCCACGUUCCGAACCUCUUCAGUGUCUUUAAACUAAACUUGCAGGAGAUCGUGGCGAUACCAUGUCCACUGGGUCCGUUAGCGAUGCCGAAGAUCUUCAAGAAAUGGAAGUGCUGGGCAUGGAGGAGGAAUGCGACGCAUUAAAGAGGAAAUCUAACAAGGAGUUCUGCACCUCCAACGACAGCAACGAAGACAGCUCCAACAACGAGCACGAGUCCCCCAAAAAGGGCAGGGGGUCUUCGGGAAAGAGGCGCAAGACAAGCUCCAAUAAAUCUCCCUUGAAUGGGGUGACCCAGGAAGGGAAACAGGUUCAGCGAAACGCAGCAAACGCCAGGGAGAGGGCCAGGAUGCGGGUGCUGAGCAAAGCCUUCUCUCGGCUCAAAACCACCCUACCCUGGGUCCCCCCGGACACGAAACUCUCCAAACUCGACACCCUGCGGCUGGCUUCCAGCUACAUCGCACAUUUGAGGCAAAUCCUAGCCAACGACAAGUAUGAGAACGGCUACAUUCAUCCAGUCAACCUGACAUGGCCGUUUAUGGUUGCGGGAAAGCCAGAAAGCGAGCUAAAGGAAGUUGUAAAUGCAAGCCGUUUGUGUGGGACUACAGCGUCAUGACUAAAAGGGGGAAAUAACAAAAUCACAGGAAAAUUCAGAAGCCAAAGAGAAAUAUCACUAAACCGAGAAAGGAACGGUCGAAGCCCUGUGCGUAUCUCAGACCGGCCGAAUGUUCCACUCCUGGCGUAUCGAUAUCGUUCAACUGCUUUGCUGGUCAAAGUACGAAAGGGAUGUUACGCCCUCAUUUAUAAUAGUGACUAGACUUUAAUACUGUUGGGCAAGAUGUUGUAGGUACGUUGAAUUCCACAGAUGACUUUGAUAGUCAUAGGCUGUGUAUGAAAGCAUCAUAUAAAAGAUAUAUAUAUAUAUUUUCUUUAUCCGCAAGUCUUUACAAAUCCUGUAAAUAAAAAAAUUUGCUUUAUAUUUAAACUACAGUGAUCGUGUCACCAUGUAUGACAGUCUCCCGUCUCUCUCCAUGUGCAUGUGCUAUGAUGCAGGCAUUGCUGCGCUGACUGAUGGCCUUCUGGGUUUGCUUCCAUCAGACCCCCGAACCUCGACAAUAGAGACGACGGAGUGACAACAGUAACCAUUUGUUUAUUUAUUCCACUAAAAGGAUAAGCAAGAGAUAGCUCAUGUUUGUUGAGUCAGGGCUCAAAGAAAACAAACAUCUAAGCCGGCUUUGCAUCGCUGGAGUUUAGGUAUCAGUUGCUGACCCAGUCCGUGCCAAAGGAGAACAGCCGCUCGAAAUCGAAGAUAAGAUGCUGAGUUAGAAACAAAACGUUCAGGUUUGGGACUUCGGGGACCCUUUAGGUUUUAGGUGUUCAUAAAUGUAACUUUAAGAGGCGUUGAGGAAAACAAAACGUUUAUAUUUUUAAAAACGCAAACACGAGGAAUUCUGCAGAUGCUGGAAAUUCAAGCAACACACAUCAAAGUUGCUGGUGAACGCAGCAGGCCAGGCAGCAACUUUGAUGUGUGUUGCUUGUCGUUUAAAUUUUUGUCAGGUUUCAGGACGAGAUAAAAUUACAACACACUGCUUACUGGUACAAUGGAUGUUUCGUUGUAACGCUUACCUUAUUUUUUUUUGAUCGCUGCCCCAGGCCGCAAACUCGAUUGUUCUCGGUAAAACUGGCAGAAGGCAACAUGUUUAAUUAGGGGUAUGAAAACAUGAUUCAGCAACUGAAAUAUAAAAUAGAGAAUAUUGGAAAAACUCAGCUGGUCAGGCAGCGACGGUGGAAAAGAGAAAUGACCAACAUUUCGAAUCAACGGCCCCUCCUAACCGACCUCCACUGUUCGUCCACAUCGGGAAUUACCGAAGCACAGGAUUAGGGCUUCACCUCACCCAGUGUCUGUUCUACUAACCGUGUACCACCACUCAGGCAAGAUGUCGAAAGUAAUCAACACAAAUGAAAUUAAGUUCACCAAUCAUUAAAUGAUAAAGUUAAAUAGAAAGUGGAGUAGAAAUCUGGCGAUCAAAUAUGGAGAGAGAAAUGUCAAUGUGACUUUAUUUUGAGAUUGCGCAACAGCAACAUUUCAUAACGUAUAAUUUAAUUGAUCCACCCCGAAGGCACUCGGCCCGAAAGGUCAACUGUUCGUUCAUUUUCGUAAAUGCUGCCUGACCGGCUGAGUUCCUCCAGCAUUUUGUAUGUGCCGCUUUAAUAAGGUAAGGUUUUAUAAGCCAGACGGUGGGGAAUGGGGGAAUGAAUGUACGAUUACGAAUGUGGUCUGGUCGGCAUCCAUCAUAAACAGAAUGAUACUGCAGAAGACUCGACGUACUUUUAAGUCCUCAUCGCCACCCUCGCCCCCAACACCUUUAAAUCGGAGCUGAGACAAGAAAACGGCACAAGGAAUUAAAAAAAACUGUAUGGGCGCCGAUUAAAUAAUACGGCAUAAUUUAAUUUGGGUUAAUGAUGUAAGUUGACAUAUUUGAACCUUUGAGAUUACAUGAUAAUUAAAAUUAAUCAGAUUGUGUUUCAAUGCAGAUUUCCGGGUGUUUUUUUCCCCCCAGCGGACCUUUCCCAUUUCAUGAAGAAAGACAAUAGCAAUUAGUUUUAUUUUUUUUAACUCAUAAUGAGUUUCGGGGAAUUCUCAGAAAAUCUGCUCUUUGAAUUUCAAUAACGUUCAUUUGAACAGCUCGGACACCCAGGAUUACUACUUUUGAAAACAAAUGAAAGAUUUUAAAAUGUUAUUCCCCCUGUUCCUGCUUGGUAGCUGCAUUGUUCUUGCUUCUCUGUUGGUAAGUCCAGUAUUUUCACUGGGCUUUUAUGGUUUUGCUGUGACUCAAUCCCUUUAAUUUUGUUCUUGAUUAGUUCCAAUUAUCCAGUCAAUCAAGGGACCAAGGCUAUUGCUUUUCCAUCCAUCUCCUUUCAGAUUUCAAGAUGGACAUCUGAGAUCGCCCAGUAAGAGACAUUCACCAAAAUAAGGCAUCUCAUCAGUAGCAGAUUUAGAACUGAAAGUGAUUUUAUGGAAUAGUCAAUGUUAGGACUUAUCUUAUUCCUAAUUUAUAUAAAUGACUUGAAUGUGAAUGCGCAAGGCUUGAUCAGUAAGUUUGUGGAUGACGCCAAAUUAGGAGGUGUUAUUGAUAAUGAAGAAGGUUAUUUUAGAUUACAGGAGAGGAUCUUGAUCAGUUAGAAAUGUGCGCUAAGGAGUGACAAAUUGAUUUCAUAUAGAUAGAUGUGCGGUGAAGCAUUUUGACAAGUCAAGCUGGUAUAGGACUUAUAUAGUGAAUGGGAAUGUAAUGGAAGAGAGGGGCUAGGAAUACCAGCGCUGAGUUUGAUGAAAAUGGUGUCAUAAGUGGACGGGGUAGUGAAAAGACCAUUUUGCAAGCUGGCCUUCUUCAGUCAGGGCAAUGAGUAUAGGAGUUGGGGCAUUAUGUUGCAGUUAUAUAAAUUGUUAGUGAAACAAUACUUUGGGUACUGUGUACAGUUUAUUCAUCCUGUUAUAGGAAAGAUAUAAACUGGAUAAAGUUCAGAAGAGAUUUACAAGAAUGUUUUCAGCACUAUGAAGAAGUUGACAAGGAUAGGACUUUAUUCCUUGGGAUGUAAGAGAAUGACCAGUGACCUUAUAGAGGUUUAUACAACCAUGAGAGACAUUGAUAAGGUGGAAGCAGCCUUUUGCCAGAACUAGGGGGCAUAGAUUUAGGAGUGAGAGGAAAGAUUUAAAAGGGACUUAAGGAGAGUCAUUUUAAUGCAGAUGUGCAGAAAAUUGGGACUAACUUGGUGGGCACCAUGGUCAGGAUGGAUUGGUUGGCCUAAAGGGUCUGUAUCCAUGCUAUAUUGGUCUAUGACUAUCCUGGAAGUUGAAAUCCUUUAAGGUUUCUAAUUUGACCCUUUCUUCCUUUAUAUAGUGCUUUGCAAACUCUCUUAGAUAUUUAUGCAACAUUGAAAAACCAUGUUCCAGUAAUGAUAAUUUCACGUUCUCGACUGCAUAGAAGUUGGUGUUCCUGAUCACAGACCAUCUGAGAAUAUGUCGUAACCUAUGCAGAGUUAAAAGGAGGAAGUUUGGCUUGGUAUUUGGUGUGGGAGUUCAACUCUCUAUAAAACUAGCCAAUCUGUUGAUUUUUGACAGGGAGUUUUGCACACGGUAUUUGUUUUCCUCGGUGACAUUUUGCUUAAAUGUGAUGCUCAAAUGUAUCUAAAUUCAAGUAGCCAAAGUUUCUUAUUUGCUUAUUUAUCUUGUUAUUGUAUACAUCACUGCAGUAUUAACUUCUGAGCUAUGAGCCUGCUCCAUACAUAUUCUCUCAUUUCAAUUCUUAUUUCAAGACUGUUAGUUCUGUUCCCAUUCAAUGUUUCACAAAUCACCCACUCACAAUUGCUUUUAAAAUCUUUGUGACUUGAGUCAUAUGCCCUUUCAACUUUCUCCAAAAAAACCCAAUUUUGGAGCAUAAAGUGCCAGGAACUUCCUGCCUACUUUCAUAAAUCAGUUCCUAGCUUAUAGGAAUGCCACAGGGACAUUGUGACUUGAAGAAGGAAGGCAUGAACUUACAGUGGAAUGUCACUUGCACACUGCCACUAUUUAAUGGGUAGCACAGUAGCAUAGCAUGGUGUAACACUAUUACAGGGCUAUCGACCUGCGUUUAUUUCCUGCUACUGUCUGUAAGGAGUUUGUACAUUCUUUCUGUAACUGUGUGGGUUUCAUCUGGGUACUCCAGCUUCCUCCUAAAUCUCAAAGACAUAUUGGUUAGUAGGUUAGUUGGUCUCAUUGGUAUAAUCGGGCAGUGUGGAUUUGUGGUCCAGAAGGGCUUGUUAUUGUGCUGUUUCUAUAAAGAAAUAAAUAAUGGUCAUGCUGUUGUCCAAAAUGCUGCCCAGUUGGAUCUGAGAUGGAUUUGAGCAGCCAUCUGAGAUAGGUUCUAAACUAAGAGUGUGUCUUUUCAAAUAGUGGUUUAUUCUAAACAAUUUUCUGACCAUAGAUUCAUCAAUGUUUUGAAUAUAUUAAUUGAUGUGUGGAGAUUGUUCUCCUAGGCCAAGAUUCAGAUUGACAUCCAUGUAACUCAUCCAGAUUGUGGAGGUUACAAAUCAUAAUCUCAGAUAGUAGAGAGCAUAAGUACUCUGAGUUUAAAUGCUGCAAUCAUUUUUGCCCAUUGACUGUAUAAGACAGUAUGAAAAGGAUUAAACAAGCAAACAGUAGUUUAUAUUUACUGUGUGAUGAGACUGCUGGAAUGAACAAAAAAAAAAUCAAACUACUGGAAGAAUGCAGUGGGUCAGGCACAUCUGCAGAAGCAAAGAGAUAGUUAAUGUUUCAGAUAAAGACCCUGUAUCCUUUUGCCUCCACAGGUGCUGCUUGACCUGCUAAGUUCUUCCAAACAGCUUUUUCUCAGGUCCCAGAACCUGCUGACUUUUGCGCCUCUGCCUUAGUAAACAAGUAACCUCAGAAGCAUCUCCUAAAGUGUUACAAAUGUCUAUUAGGUUUGAGAGUGCUUGACUUCAGUUUGAAACUAGGAUAUUAAAUCUGUAAAAAGAAAACUAAGUACAUAUGAUUACUAGGAAAGAUUGGGAAACCAAAUUAAAAUAUAUCACAGUACAUAAACAAUGACAAAUGUUUAAAGAGUAGCUCAUGAUUUACAGGAUUUAUAUUCCUUGAUGGAUGAAAACCCUCAGGAAAAGUGGUCUAAUGAGAAAUUUUAAAGAUUGUAAUCAUUUAAAAGCACAAGAUCAUAAUAUUGCCAAAAGGAAAGCCUAAGGCCUGAGAAGAUAUUAAAACUGCAACAAAUGAAUCCUAGAAAGAGAGAGAAAAUAGAUUAUUAAAAUAAACCAACAAGAGGCAAAAAUGGAUUUAAAAAGCUUUUCUAAAUAUAUAUAUAUAUAUAUAUAAAGGAAGGUCAGUGAAUGAGAAAAUGUGUUCCUUAGAUGCAGAGACAUAAGUCAUAAUGGGGAAUAAGGAAAUUGCAGAGGCAUUAAACAAGUGCAUUGUAUGUACUUUAAUGAAGAUAUACUGUAAAUUACACCAUAAGAUAGUGACAAAAACUAUAUUUCUCAUAUGAUUACACAAUUUAAAUUAGUCAUAAGGCUCAUUACUGGAGUAGUUAGUGAAGCUGAAAAUUGGUGAAUACUUUAAGCAUAUAUCCCUGGGUCUUUUGUAGUUUGGUAGCCAGCAGAUGGUGGAUGUAUUGGUUUUGAUCUUUCAGAGUUUUCCGGAUAUUAGAUUAGCUCUCAUGAAUUAGAAUAAAAUAAGCAUAACCUUGUGAUUGAAGAAGGGAAAAAGAAAUUAGGGUAUUGUCCAGUUACCUUAGAGAAAUGCAAUUAUUUGUUCAUUGAAGUAUGUUUACAGAACAUAAUAUGUCUGUGAAGAUGAAGUUAUUUGAAGGAUCUUGAACUUGGAUUUGAUACACAAUUCUGUUAAGAUUGUUUUUAUCAUUAAAGAUUGUAGAAUUCAGCAAAGGAUGCAUAAGAUAUUGUAAUACUGCAGUUUGGGAUACUAAGGCAUUCAGGGUGGCUUGAUGGGAAUUGCCUUGGCUUAAGAGCUCGGUUCUUUCUGAAAUAUUAUAAGGAGAAACUUCAUGCUCGGGUUUUAAAAUCUUUAGACUUCUCAAACUUGAGGGCUGUGGAUGCCCAGACAUGCAUUCGAUCCCUGUUGGGAGGAGUAGAUACAUGGAUACUAGUGGAAUCAGAGUGUAUGGAGAUUGAGUGGGAAAGCUGGAAAUGAGGCAUAGGAUCAGUUACUAUUUGAAUGAGAGGACUGUUCAGUAUCUGCCUUCUAUUCCUUAUAUGCUUGUAACGAUCAGUGAAAAGGGUUGAAGUGUUGGAGGAUUGGAGAGAGUUGGGAAUGGUGGGAGGGUUGAGCUUUGAUGUUAGGAAGAAAGGAUCAGCCCAUGGCAUGUAACUCUUUUUCUAUUUCUUAUUCAAUCGAAUUUAUGACAACUUGUUCUUACCAGAGAAAAUAAAGCUUAAAGCUGUUUUUUUUUACCCUAAAUGUUGGUUGCUUCAGUUCUGCUAACAUGUCAACAGCAACUCAGUGUUGACUUUCACUCACCUGUUCCAUCACAAAUGUCCAACAGUGUGCAUUAUUGCUUAAUUUGUUUAUAAAUCCUUUUAACUAUGCAGACUUUGUGUAUAUAUCAUGUAUUUAAAAGAAUAUUCACUCUAUUUUACAUUAUUUCUGCAUGUAUUUCCUUUUUUGCAUUAAUUAUAAAUCUUAACUUGUUCAAAUUAAUAGCUAUUUUCCAACCUGUCCUUGGCUUCUGUUGGUGACCAGUGCAGCAGGAACCUUCCAGGCUUGGCACCCCUCCUGUGUUUUCUGAGCUUUGUUUCUUGGUAAUUUCUGCUCAGCAUCUGCCUGUUUGACAUGGCUGUAACUAAGAUCUAACUGCAACUGGAAGUUAGAGGUACAUCCAUCCCAACCUCAAGCACUGAGAGUUAAAUCACUAGAUCUCAGCACCAGAGUCCUUUACUAUUGUUUGUUUCUAGUGAACAGAGGGCUGUGAAAUCUUACUCAAACUCAGCAUGGUCUAAUGUGUUAUUUAUCUGCAAGGCAGACCUGAAUGCUAAUCUUGAUUGAUCUUUGGUCUCCAGCAGGAAAUUCUGAAUUUAAUUUACCAGCACCAGAUUACUAAAUUACAUUUCAUUAGAAAAAAAUAUUUAAAAUGAUUCUACAUAAGAGACACUUCUGUAUUAGAGUUUGUCUUUUGUUUGGAGUUUUAGUAAUUUUAUAUUCUCAAAAUUAGCUUGGACUUAAACCUCAAAAAGUGGCACUGCAAUCUGGCAAUCCCAUUCAUCAUUUCUCUAGUGUACGCCUUGAUGAAAUUAACAAUGUACAGGGCUAUUUUUCACUUAGUUUGGGGGAACGCAGACAAAUUACUGCUCACUAUUGCUUCUGUUGACUGGGUAGGAAAUUGCACUGAUGUUUGUGUAUGUGGCCUGUUGUCAUGCUAUUGGGUGAUUUAUGAAAAUGACAUUUUGGCUGAAACAAAUGUACAAAAAUCUGUUAUUUAGUAGCCAUAAAAUCUGGAUAUAUUUAUAUAUAAAGGGAGUUACAGAUGGAAAAGUGAUUCUAUCCUGUCCAGAAUUGAUUAUAGCAAAAUAAAGUCAAGUGCAUAAAUGCAACAUAUCAAAAUAAGCUUCUUAAUAAUACAUAAGCACCCAGGAUCAGACUGAGUUUGUAAGCAAACUAUCAAAAAUGUUUAUAAUAUGGAAUAGAAUGGAGUAAAGCAAAACAGAAUAUUUUGAUAUACUGAAAAAAACCACAAUCAUUUUAAAAACAAAUAUCUAUUUAUUUUGAUCAUUUGUAAUAAAUAAAAAUAU